AUGGCCCACUUCAACGACAACUUCAUGAAUUUCACGCCCGUGGACAACUACGUGAUCACCCGCAUUGUGCCGGGAAAACCAUACGACCCUACCUCCCCACCAGUAUUCUAUCCUGCGAAAGAUUCCGACGAGCUCUUCGAUGCGCUCCGGACAGCUUUCCCACAUGUCAAAUCUCAUCCCGAGCGCAUGCGGGAUGCCAUGAUCAAGUUCCUCAUGGAGGAGCGCCAGGCCGAGCAGAUGCAGCCUGCGUUCGCACCAACUGCUGCAACCACGCCAGUAACCUUCCAGCAGACGUGGCCAUCCAUGUCGUCCUCUGGUACUUCUUCUACUUGGAGCAGUCCGGAGACCCUGGACCUCGCAACUCCAAUAUUCGGCAUGUCUCCUGGACCUAUGGCACCUCCACCACUCACGAGGCAGUACUCCACAGCACCUUCUGUGGCGGCACCUUCUACAGCUGAUUCGACUUCUCCUGUUGCGAUCGAGGAUAUGACGACGGUGUUCAGCAUCUCCACCACAGGCCAGCCAAAGCAGCGUGUGCGUCGGAGGAUGACCGAGGCGGAGAAGGCUGAGUAUCGCAAGCGCAGGAUCGUGAAGGCCUGCGAUUCUUGCUCCCGGCGGAAAAGAAAGUGUUCGCAUAAUCAACCGGAGAUGGAGACGCUUGCUUCCAAGCAAAAGAUUACCAAGCCACGACAAACAUUAGCGGCAGCCACGGGCCAAAACAUACAGCAAGCCUUGGUCAAUUUCGACGACCUCGAUUUUGGCGAUCAUUUCGCGGCAGACAUCCAACUGUUCGAUAAUUUUACCAACGAUCUGGAGGAUCCCCUCCACUACAUGCAGUACGAUCAGCAGAAGAAUUUCGACCACCUUCUUGGCGCUUCUACAAACAAUUUAUCUGACCAUCAAUAUCAAUUUGAUGGUCAGCCGGAUUGGGCUACAAACGGUAGCUCAUCUGACUGGGGCGUACAAGACACACCACAACACGAAAUAGAGCUUGCUCACGCAAGAGCUCGUGCUACAAAUGCAGCUCAACUACAAGAUGUGAACGCUCAAUUCGAAGCCGAUCACCUCAGAAGCGAUUUCCACCCGCAUCGUCUGUUCUCGACCAUCAAUACUCGAAGCAGUUCGCAGAGCUCAAGUGGUAGCGGCGGACCAUCGCCGAGCGGCAAUCGUAUGCUCUGGGAGCAUCUGCGUACAGGACAGAUCGAGCCGACGCACACUGCGCACCUUCACGAGGCACUAUCAGCUGCGCUUGUCAACGAAGACACUGGCGGUUCCGAGACGGGACACAGUAUCCGUAGGCAAGAACGGACUUCGUGGGCGUCCAGCGUACUGGCUGUGACAGGCACAGCCAAGGCAGUCCGGGCUUUUGGCAGAGUGCUACAAUCCAACGGGCCGACGCGCAUUUCGCUACAGCUCAUCAGGAUGUCCAAUGUGAUCAGCACCGUCGCGCACUCGCGACAGCCUGCUCACAAUGGUGGUCCGAUGGCGACAAGUCAAGCCUCGAAUCCACAAGGCUACUUUGGUCUGAAGCAGAAUCUCCUCAACAAAUUCUCUGCUUUGGACGCCAAAGACCCUAUAGCGGAUGCUGGCAAGCAACAACGUGAAGGCUACAAGGCUUCGAGGACUUCUCCUGCUUUGUCUUCUGACGAGCAAGCUUCGAGAGGCUUGGGUAUGGAAAUGGCAUCUACCUCCGUGCCAUUGAACAAAGGCGGAUCUCUGUUUGAAAAAGAGUCCCCAGCCCGUAAUGAAGGAAGGCCUGCUUUCACCCUUGGCGAAGGCAUCGAGAGGGCUACUAGCCCGAGUGCAGAGCUGUACAUGCUUAAGAGAAGAAUACCAAGGACGCUACAAUCUGGUGCAUCCAACGGCGGAGCGUACCAGCGGCUCGAUACCGACAACUACACUAGACCUAUACCCGGUGACCGUGAUCCGGGCCGUACCACGACUAGUCGCCAACUGCUCGUCGCAAACGCAGAUCAGGACACCAUGUUCAAGAACCUGCAUAACGGUUUCGUGACAGAUACUGCGCCACCUGGUAGUAGCAGCGGCGGCAACCUUUCUCGACUGGAUGUUUGGGCGAACCCAGGCCCAGCAGCUCACAUAGCUGUGAAGCCUGAGGCUAGCACACCGCGCCGCGAACUUGUCACCAAUGCCCACAGCAGCUCUGCUACGGACGGCCAAGGUCGCGCUGUGGUGGCGGCAUCGCCACAAUUGCAGCAGAGAGCACAGUCGGUGGAAGGCACGACUACCCGUGUGGAUGACGUUGAUAUCGUGUACGUGCACAAGAAGCGCGAUACUUUCCGACGCCGGGAUCACUUUGGUCGUGUGCAGCAAGAGCAAGAUGGCAGGGAGGCACGGGUCCGCCAGACCCAGGCCUCUGUGCCCGGCGCUGCCACUGGGCUCGACAGUAUGCUGGCUGUCGUUUGUGGUGUGCUCAUGCUGGCUACUGCAAGCAGCAUGCUCUCUGCUUCGGCAGUGGACCCAUCGCUCUUGCUGCUGGCAUUACUUAUCCCCGUCAAUGGCACGCGUGGUACGAAAGCUCUUGCAAGAUGCUGGGCUCGCUACUCGCAUGUCUAUGGCACGAUGCUGGAGAAUAUCAAGGCUUGCUAUCUUCUGCUUGUGCUUGAGACGCUGGCUUUGUUUACAGGGACAAGAUCCUGGCAAGAAGUUCCUACGUGUGAUCGAAUGCAUGAAGGUAGAAGUGGAAAAGAGAGUGGGAAUAGGAAGAUUGAUGGAGCGAUGGCACAUCGAUGGGGCAGCUGCGGUGGUGCAUUCCCGAGAUUUUGGGACGCACUGGUCUGCUAG